GACUCUCCUGUGCAUUUGCAACAUAUCUACCAAGUUCCUAAAGCUGCUCAUCCUCACCCUCUUUCUCUACUACUUCAACAUGGCACAACAUUCACUCUCCUUGAGGAACCCAAGACUUGGGUCAUGGCAGCGGUGCUCAAGGCAUAUCCAGGAGCGGCGAGGCCGGCUUUAUAUUAUUUGGAAGUGCACUGUUAUGCUCAUGCGGUGGCGGGACAAGUUCUGAGCCUCUUUGGUGAGACACAGCAAACACACACACACGCGCGCACACACACACACACACAGAGUUUGUAAUAUAACAUACAAGUGCUAUUAUAGAAUAGAGCAAAAAGGUUUUGACUUUUGAUUUCUGAUGGGUGGAUUAUAGAAGAACACAACGGCAGUCAUUAUGAUUCUGGGUUUUGACUUUUGAUUUCUGGGUUUCAUCGUUGAAAGAGAAUUAGAUUAUACAAAUGAUUCUGGUUCUAGAUUUUUGGCUUAGGUGAUCUUCCAAAUCACCUACCUACCCAAUUACUGGUGCUAUACUAGUGCAAGUUUACCAAUCAUUUAGGCUAUUCCAUCCCAUUCCAUUCAAUUGUUGGGUUUAUUGUGGAGAGACGUGUGUCCAAGGUUAUGAUUGUAUGAAUACUAAAGUUGCUUAGAAGCUUAUAAGAAGAUAGUUGAGGGAAGGCUUGAAAAUGGUGAGAGGAGAGAGAUUUGUUUGGGAAGAAAAUUAGUAGUAGGCGGCCAACCUAUAGACUAACAGUUUCCUCCACCUCAUAAGGAAGUCGUUAAUCUUCCACUUCAGGCCUGUUUCGGGCCUUUCGGCCCCUUGCCUAUUUGGACGCACAGAAGAGAAUUAUCACAUAAAUUUACUUAAUUGCCCUUUUAAACCGGAAGUCAGCCACUUCCAAAAUCUCUCUCUAUCUUCAAUGGGUUUCACAAACUGGUAUUGGAUUGGCCGAUCCUGAUCCUGAUUCCGGUUCAUAUCGACCGAUUUCUAUCUACUCUGGAUUAACAGGUAUCAGGAUUGGUUCGGUCUAGGGGUGUCAAACCUAAAACAGAACCGACAAAACUGGCCAGAUCAAACAAAUAAUAAUCAGGAUCAAAUCGAACCAAAGUCUUAUUGGACUGGUUUUGCUUUGAGAUAUUAUGACCCCAAAACAGACUGAGCCACAUUGGAAAUUAAACAAAGCCAAACCAAACCAGCCCAAAACUCAUAAAAAAAAAAUUUCUGCAUAAUUUUUUGCAUAAAUUUGCAUGGUAAAUUGAAUACAAACCGGACCAAAUCCAAACCACACCAAAACAAAAUCAAAACCAAAAUUUCCUUAUUGGUUUGUUUUAGGUUUUGAUUUCACCAUUCCCCCACUGAAACCAACCCAACCCGGAUCAAAACCAGAUUGAACUGACCGAUUGACACCCUAGUUCGGUCGAUUCCAAUCCGAAUCUGUCAAUUCUGCCUAUUCGAUUCCGGUUGUUAGAAUUAUUUACAACAUAAGGUAAACACAACUCUAGGUUUUUUUGGUGAUAAAUGAGCCAAAGCAAAUUCGUUCUAUGUUGGCCUUUUAGUAAUUUUACCGGCACAAAGCUUAGGAGACUUUGAAAUUUGAGGCCUAAUUGGAUUUUUUUCAUGAAAAAACGGCUAAUUGUAAUUCAAAGAGAAAGAUGGGAUUUGCAGAAAAUAUUUUCCUAUAAAUCAUCCACCCCGGAUUUCCAAUUUUCAGUUGUCAAGCUCAACGUUUCCCUAUAGUCUUGGAUUGUUGAAACAGAAACAGAAACAAACAGAGAGAGAGAGAGAGAGAGAGAGAGAGAGAGAGAGAAUGAGUAUGCUUGAUGGCUGGAUUAGUAUUGCAAUCAAUCUUGUAGUUUUGCUGAUCAUCAGCAUUGGCAUGGAACCAACUGCUGCAAGAGAGCAGCCACAGCCAUCAUUGGAAGUCUCUCUUCAUAAGGAGUUUGUACAGAUGUUUGGAUAUGGAGAGGAGAGGGUCUCAUCUGUACUAGUGGCUGGUUCACUUCUCUGUGAUACUUGUUUAGAUGACAAAACUGAAGCUGAAUCAUCACCCAUCUCAGGAGCAAGGGUAGCCAUUAAAUGCAAAAUUGGAAGGAAAAUGAGGAAAUCAAUCUGGGCUAGGGGAAGGACGGAUGAGUUUGGAGAUUUCAUAGUUCAUCUCCCCUCACGCCUCCAUGCAAUCCCAAGGUUGGAAAAAUUAUGCUUUGUAAAGGUUCUUGCACUGCCAAGGAACUCACCUUGUGGGCAUCUUUUGCCUGGUAAACCCAAACCAAUAAGAUUAUCAUCUGUUGGGAAUGGAAUUCGAACUUAUACUCCUGGGAAGAUGAGAUUCCAACCACUUUAUAAAGCUUCAAGAUUGUGUGUUAAGAAAGCAGGAGAUGGGGAGCCAGAGAACUAUUGGUGAGAAGUUGUAGAUAAGAACAUUAUUUCUAAGCUCAAUUAGAUGGCGCUUUCUGUCACAAUAUUGAGUUCGUGAUUCAAGAGUUUCCUCACCUUGCUUUACUUCUUUAAUUGGUUUCACUUUCUAAGUUUCUGUAGAAAUGAUUUGGUUCAUUCUAUCUAAGUUAAUCUGUUCUUUCAAGAAUAUAUGUGAAUUCAUGUACACAUCAGUAGAUCUUUCUUUGUAAGUGGAUCUUACUCUAAGAUGAUACCUAAAGAGAAUCCAUCUAAGAGGCCAGAAUACAUUAUAAGCAAAUCUUGUGCCAAGCUCUGGAUGUUGAAUACUUGGAUUUUAACGGAAAAUUCUUGUUCAAAAGCCA